AUGGACUCUGAUACUGCCUCGAAGGAUCAGAACAGCGUCCUUGAACAGAAGCCCGAUGAGCCACCUCUGUUCGAAGCCAAGACUAUUCCGCUGAAAGGGAUAGGCCUGGUAGCCCUCCAGGACAUACCUCAAGGGACUCUGAUUAUCCAAGAGAAGCCGCUAUUGGUAGCUCGGCCUGGAGCACCCGGUACACUCGAGGCUUUCUUGUCGUCAGAGCUCAAAAAACUGGACAAAUCCAGUCAGCGCCAAUUUUUGUCUCUUCAUAACAACUUUCCCGGAAAGCAUCCUUUUGCUGGCAUUAUGAAGACGAAUGCUCUGCCGUGUGGUUCUAGGUCUGAGAUUGGGGCUGUUUAUCCUACGAUAUGCCGCAUCAAUCACAGCUGCCUCCCCAACAGCCAAAAUACAUGGAAUAGUGACACCAAAAUCGAGACUAUUUUCGCCAUUAGGCCAAUCAACUGCGGAGAAGAGAUCACAAUCACAUAUGAUCAGGGAGGGCCAUCUGCGGUCCGGCGAGCUUCCUUGAAGCAGUCGUUUGGCUUCCAGUGCAGCUGUGUCGUCUGUUCGCAGCCACCAGCCCUGCUUCGAGAAAGUGACAUUCGCCGUUCGCGAAUACAACAACUCGAUGGUCAGAUUGGGGACCCCAUCCGUACGUGGAAAAGUCCAGGGGAAAGCCUCAAAGAUUGCCAUUCGCUGCUGCAGCUCCUAAAGGCUGAAUAUGGGGGGUAUCCUGGGGCUCUCGCGGCACGGCUAUAUUACGAUGCUUUUCAAAUUUGUAUCACGCACGGUGAUAAAGCGAGGGCAAGUGUUUUUGCGGAGAGAUCGUAUGAUGUGAGGCUCAUGUGCGAGGGCGGCGAUACGCCCGAGGCGAAGAAGGUCAAGAUGCUUGCGGCGAAUCCUUCAGCCCAUCGCAGCUUCAUGGCAUAUUCCUCCAAGUGGAAAACCACGAAGAAGGAGAAACAUGGAGGAGCUGAUAAUGAGGCCUUUGAGCGCUGGCUUUUCAGAAUGAGUCUAUAG